CGGCUGAUGAGUUCGGAUCAGGGCGGAGAGCCGCCGCUGUUGCAGGAGGAGGCUGAUCCGGGACCGAAGACCGGUGGGAAGGACGAGGCUCCACUUGGGAUUGAGGGAGGGUCAGGCGGCAUGGUCACCUCUAAGGGUGCCGGUCUGAACCCUAAUGCCAAGGUGUGGCAGGAGAUCCCAGUGGCCCCCAGUGAGGCUUCAGAUGGCUCCCACUGGUCCCCGACGGAUGUCACUGAGGGUUAUUCUGAGCCUUUAUCUGCUGGAUGCAAGCCGUACACUCUGGGAUUCACCACCCUGGAUGACAGCAGCUCCACAGCGACAGCUGAGAUAGCAGUAAAUGGAAUGGACCCCCCAGAGCUGGGCUUCUCCCCUGCUGAGUGCUCCACAGGGACCUCAGCAGACAAUAAAACUGAGGAGCAGCCCCUCUCCUCUGAGAACUUGCGUGAGUCUCUGAAGAAAGAGCUGGAAUUUUACUUCUCAAGGGAAAACCUGUCAAAGGAUUUGUAUCUGAUGUCCCAGAUGGACAGUGACCAAUUUGUGCCCAUCUGGACCAUUGCCAGCAUGGAGGGCAUCAAAGUCCUCACAACUGACAUAGACCUCAUUCUGGAUGUCUUGAGAUCCUCUCCUAUGGUACAAGUAGAUGAAAAGGGGGAGAAAGUACGUCCCAAUCAUAAGCGGUGCAUCAUCAUCCUUAGAGAGAUUCCUGAAACGACGCCCGUUGAGGAAGUGGAGUCUCUAUUUAAAAAUGAGAACUGUCCGAAGGUGAUAAGUGUUGAGUUUGCGCACAACAACAACUGGUACAUCACAUUCCAAUCAGAUACGGAUGCUCAACAGGCAUACAGAUACUUGAGAGAGGAAGUUAAAACAUUUCAGGGAAAACCCAUUAUGGCCAGGAUAAAGGCCAUCAACACAUUCUUUGCAAAGAAUGGCUACCGUAGCAUAGACAGCAGCAUGUACGCCCAACAGUCCCAGAGCCAGUCCCAGUACAAUUCUCCACUCUACAUGCAGCAUGUCUACCCCCAGCAGCAGUACCCGGUUUAUGGAAUUGUACCUCCCACUUGGACGCCAUCUCCCACGCCCUACUUUGAAACACCUCUGGCACCAUUUCCCAACAGUAGCUUUGUCAAUGGAUUUAGCUCCCCCGGACACUACAAAACUGGCUCCAACUCACUUAAUAUUACUCGCCCGUUCAACAGGAACCGUGUCCCACUCUAUUCAAGAAAGAAUGUAAUAAAUGCCUUCAGAAACCAUGUGAAGCCUCAGGUGAGGACAGGCGAGAUAGCUCCAGCGUCCGUUACUCCUGUCCCCCUGGAGAGUCUGACUGGCCUUCGCAGCCCCCAGCCGCCUCCCACUGCUGCUGCCACCGCCACCACUAACCCUGUCCACACCACCACUGACCCGAGCUCGACUUUCCCACACCUCUCCUCCUUGGACCAUGGUGACGAUGGCAGCAUGGCUGGACGUGGAAGACGGACCACUACUUACAGAGGAACAAGGAGAAGGCGAGAUGAUGAACGUAUCACGAGGCCUGUACCACUAGCAGAAGUCAAGGUUUCUCCCCCCAAGUUUGACUUGGCCACCUCCAAUUUCCCUCCUCUACCUGGCUGUGUGGUGAGCACGCAGGGGGAGCCAGUGCUAGAAAACAGAAUGUCAGACGUUGUACGCGGAUUAAACAGGGACAAGACGGAACAAGCCAAUAAGGAAGCCACUGUGAAUGCAGGUCCAAGCCAAGGCCUGGUCUCAGAAGAAGCUGUGACUGUCCCCAGUUCUGCCCGGACUGCAGGCAAAUCUGCACAACCACUUGGGCCCCCUGCCCCCAUUAUCCCCCGUCAGGAGAAAAAUGUUGAGAGGGUGGAGCCCCCAGCCCCAAAACUGACCCCGCCCACACCUGUUCCCACUGUGGCCAACCCAGCCCUCUCCACACAACCUGUGCCUAGCCCCAGGCCCCAGUCCAGUGCUACUUCCACCCCAGCCCCCCCGAGUACGCCAGCCCCUGCCACAGCCACUAUCGCUACACCUGCACAGGAGCCUCGUAAGCUUAGCUAUGCUGAGGUGUGCCAGCGACCACCCAAGGACCCCCCUCCUGUGUCACCUGCCCCAGCUUCCUCCGGCACUGCAUCAGGCCAACCGCUGCGUGAGCUGCGUGUAAACAAAGCUGAGGAGCCAGGCUCCAGCAGUGGUGCUGGAGAUAAGCAAGAGAAAGUCCAUGACAGGGAGGGGGGUUGGGAAUACAAGGAAAGCCGGCCACCUCGUGAACGUGACUCCCAAGGCUACUACCGCAGCAAUGGUCCCCGAGGCGCUGGGGGCCUCAAGUUCCGUGACCAGAGACGCCCCCCUCCAGCCCGACGCAACUCCCCUCAGGGAGGCUACAGGCACACUGGCAAAGAGCAGAAUAUUCCACCGGUAUCGCCAAAGUAAAAACUGGAUAGGAAUGGAAAAAAGAUGUAUGAAUAUUUACACGGAUAUAUAUAUAAAUAUAAUAAAAAAUGAAUAACGUAUAAAAGCAACAACCACAUGGUAGCCACCUCCACCUGCCUGGAACAUGUCCAAAGAAAAGCUUUUAAAAUGACAAUAAGACUGGGACAUCCAGGACUAAUGGGCAAAAAAAACAUCUGAAGAAUUGUGAACUUUCAAGAGAAGGAAACAAAAAAGAGGAUCUCAUUUUGACCUCCAGCAAAUACUUGAGAGUAAGUCAUUGUGGUUUUUCUGGAGGUAAUUUCCUUUCAGCUCUGCUGGGGAGAGGUGGGAUGCUGGGCCAUGUAAAUGGCCCUCUACCUUCUCAAGUUUAAAGAAUGGUCUGCAAGAAACAUAUGCACUAAGAAGAAAAGAACAUGCAUAUAUGUCAUGUACAUAUACAAAGAUUAUCACUAACGCAAUGAGACAUCAGUUUUUUUCUGUUUUUGUUUUAUUUUCUUGUGUGCUUACAUUAGCAAGAAUGACUGAAGGGUUAACUGAUGUCUGCGUCUGUAUUGAUUGUUAAGAAAAUCUGAGUGCUACACUGAUAAUUAAAUGGAUAAAUGUGAUUUUUACACCAGAGAUUCUGAAUAAUUGUCCUGAGCCUGGACAGUGUGGUCCACUAAUGUAUAUUAAUGAAAUGUGUACUACAGUGGUAUUUUGAUCCUGGUUAACGAUUGGCUCCAAUGUAUCCAAUAGCGGUGAUGCAAGCCAGUUAUUCCUGUUGUGGACAGAAGAGUGAUUUUUGUGAAAAGGCAGAAAUUCACUCUUAGGUGCCCAUUGGCCUGUGCGGAUGAGUGAAUCUGCUAGCUUGGUCCAAAGUUGUUCAUUUUAAGUUUGAAUUCUGCUUUUUAAUAUGACCCCCCCCCCCCCCCCCCAGUGGAUUCAGAACACACUUGUGUUGAUAAUCAGUCAGGCUCUUUUGUUUACAUGUUUCUUUGCAUAGUAGGAUGAUGUAAUUUUCCAAGAGAAUAAGUUAAUGGUGAAAUGUGACACACCUGAUGGUCAAGGCAAGAUUUGGCUUCUCCACAUGAACACAGGAUAUCCAGGUUAAGCUAAUAUUUGUUUGUUGUUCUUAACAAGGGUAUAGUGUCCAAGGUAGGCUCAAGCGUGUUGAUGGCUAUAUAACAUUUGGCAGCCAAGUCAAGGGUAUAAGAACAAGACCAUUAUCAUGUGCUUUGUGCCAGCUGCCUAUGAUUAUAGUUGAUUUUGAUACUGUAGGUUAAGUUUUUGAGUUGUAUUGACAUGGUCCACUAAACAGUGUAGUCUUUGGGAUCUUCUGACCCAGUCAAACUGGACUCUGAGAAAAAUCUGUAGAGGUGUAGUUGCCUAUGCUAUAUUGUAAUAACCCUUCACUAGAAAUGUGUGUGGGAGAAUGUAAUUGUUCUAGUGCUAAAGAGCAGAAAGGAGGCUUUUGUCAACAGUUAUCCACCAGAUUGUUUGUGCUUUUAGGGUGAGUUUGCUUCUUUUCUUUUUUUUAAUUUGAAAAAUGGUUUUAGGUUUUGCUGUUUGACUCACUGUAUGUAUUGCUUUUUAAAUUUUAUUUAUUUUAAUCCUACUGUGCAACGCUUUCUUUCCCCCAAUAUGGGUAGGCUGGUUUCCCCAAAGUUGUGUGAAAUCGCAAAGACAAAAUAAUCAGGCAUAAGACAUUUGUAUAUUGUUUGCAAUUUCAGCUGAAAGAAAAUACUUGAUGCAUUAACUUUGGGUUUAGUAAUGCAGUAAAUGAGUAACCAAUCACUGGGGCUGGUUUUUUUUCCAUUAAUAAAUAUGAGCAGCUAGUGAUUUAGUGUAAUGAGAUAAAUGCACUAACCUUUUUUUUUUUUAAAUCUUAAGUAAUGUGAAAUCAUUUUAGAAGCAUAUGGUAAUGAUGAUGCUGACAGGCUUGUAAAACAAAACAAAAAAAAAUCUACAGGAAUUGCUUUUCCCCUCUCCGUAUGUUUGGGUUAUUUUCUGUUAAUUUGGGUUUGGGUGGCAAAAGGAACUAUAGUAAAGGAUUUGAUUAAGUGUUUGAGACACAAUUCUAGAACUGUAUGAAAUGUCACCAAAAAAAUAAAUUAUUUUGA